UAAAUUCUUAUUUUGGGCAUCCCAGAUCAUCCUUUCUAUUUCAUUAGUAAUGCUACACUUUUGGUCACUAAAAUGAAUUAUUAUACAGGGUGACACCCUUGUUUUUCCGUGGAAAAUACUAUCGUAUAUUUGAAAAUCAAACACAUAAGUUCAACUGUUCGAUUGAAAAAUUCACUUUUGAAAUCUUCAGGAUAAAACCCCUGUAUUUUAAUAUUAAAGAUUAUUUUCACCUUGAUUUUUAGGAUGAUUUUUGAGGUUGUUGAGAAAUUUGAAAACAAUCCUUUAACUUUGAGGGAUUUAAGUUGCCAGCUAGUUUCUGAAAAGGUAGUUGAGACAAUAUGGAGUGGAACUUUAAACUUCCAAUCCAUCUAUAUUCCAGAACCAGUAGAAAGAUCUUUAAGAGAGUGGGUGAGCAUACUCCCCCCUUUACUACAACAGGAGCUGCUGGAGAGUAGUGUUAAAGGAAUACUUCGAUCUGCUGCCAGGGUGACCCCGUAUAACUCCUCAACUAUUCCUAUUAUCAUAUCCUCCCUGGCUGAGGUCCUCUACUCUCCAAACAUGAGUUCGAUUGAGGUGUGGACAGAUCUCCAUUGGAAUCAGGAGGCUAGGAUGAAGUUUCUUCAUUUAUUACAUUCUAAACAAUCGGGAAUCAAGAAAAUGGUUUUCUCUUGCUACAAAACUCCAAUCUUUCAAUUUCAGGAAUUACACUAUUCGGAAAGGUUUCUUCUAAUGAACAUACUUAAUAAGUUCGUGGAGCUCAAAGUUCUUGUUUUACCCUACAUAGCUGAUGAUGAACUUCUUGCUAAGCUUGGUGGAGGAAUAUGCCCGCAGUUGGAACACUUAAAUCUGGAGGGUAGCUGGGGGGUCAGUAAUCAGGGUUUAUCAGCACUUGCGGGACAGGAUGGUGGGAUGGUUAUAGGACGAGCUGGUUGGGUUCCUUCACAUUAUGCUCAGUGCACUGAAGGGCAAAAGCUUCUUGGCAAUAUUUUGAAGGGAAGUCCAGUGACCGCAAGUCAAAUCUCUAAUUUAAUGCAGAAUCACAAGGACACGCAUGGGAUGCUGCUUGCUCUUCGAUAUCUUAAUAUUAGAGGAACAUCCACAGAUUGCCGAGGACUAGAAUGUGUGCUUCAAAAUUUUAGAAACCUGAAAAAUCUAGAAGUUGAGGAGCAACAUUGGCAAAAUCUUCUUGUGUCUUCAGGUUGCAAGGACUGUUAUCCCAAGAACCUGCCUCUCGAUUCAGUAAACCUUUCCCUUAAUACAUACUCACUUCUUCCUAGUAUAAUCAGAUUGUUUCCUAAUUUGAGCAGUGUGUGCCUGACUAAUUAUAGUAGAAGUGAAUCCUAUCUUGAUGGAGAAGAUAAUUUGCAGUAUCUUCAGUAUUUCAGAUACCUGAGGGAGUUAAACCUGAAUGAUGUUGAACUAGAGGAGGUGUAUCGUCAUCUCAAGAACCCAGAGAUUGGUUUGAAACUACAAAUAUUCAGAUAUACAAGCAACCUAAGAACGAUAGAUGUAGGAAAGAUAUGUUUGCUCUGUCCUAACCUACGAACAUUGUCUGUUUCAAAUUCAGUUGUACAUUUUGAAGUACCACAAAAGACGACAUCUAUAUUUCCCCGCCUCAAACAACUGUUUCUUCAGGAUGUUGUUUUCCCUCAGCAAAAACAGGGCUGCUGGAAGAACUUAGUGAUUUCUACCAGACUUGAACAGAUUUCUCUUUACAACAUAAGAUUAACAGAUGGAGACAUAGCUGAGAUUGUGAGACGAGGAUGUUUGGAGGCUUUAGAACAAAUUCAUAUAACUGGUGGAUUCACUAUUCUUCUUUCAGAGAUUUCAAUUUAUAAACUUCUAGACACCUGUCCUAGGUUAACUUGUAUUGGAGGCAUCUGCAGUUGGAGCCUUGAAAACCUUGUAGAACUACUACAGACGAUUAGGUUGAAGUACAAGUUCAAAAUCAGAAUGGGAGAGCUGGAUUAAAAUUCAGUUUAUUUGUAUGCUUAAACAAAUCUCAAAACAGUGCUUGAUAAUCAGAAAACAAUGGAAUAGGAAGACGAUUAUAGCAAUACAUACCUAAGUGUUACAAAGCAAAUAGUGUUACUAGACACUUCAUAAACCAAUGAUUUAGUGAAAUAGGUCUAUUUACAUUGUACAAUUGCUGCGUCUCAUGCUCAUUGGACUUUUAAAAGUUUCCAGAUUUGCUACAAAAUCCUUACAGUGUGUUUCAAACAUACAUUUUUCAAAACCUUGAAAUGAAACAAAACGCAAAUAAAAUAUAAUAAAAUUCGUUUUAAGAUCAACA